CGAUUGUUGUAUUUCUUUCUUGGUUUCCUUGUAAACUUUGGUAGUCUAUCUUGGCACACCUUGUGCUGAGGAGACUGUUUGUUAAUAUAUAUCUCAUUUUAGCUUUUUCAAAAAAAGUAGUAGUACCGCCGGCGCCGGAGCAAGAGGAGGAAGGGGAAGGGUUUGUAGCAAGGUUGAAGAGGGUGGAGGAGAUGUUAAACGUUUUUACGUGAUGACUGAUGAGAGAAGAGAAAAAAGAUGAAAAACAACUUUUUCUAUUCCUACGUUGUUUCAGAUUUUUUUCAAAAAAAAAAAAGAUUUUGCCUUGUUUUUUUAAAAAAAAAAAAUUUGCAAAACCGUUUGGACCGGCCGGCCGGUUCGCCACGUUUUUUUCCGGUUGGUUUCCUAUCCGGUUUUUAAUCAUAACCGAGCCGGUUUCAUGACCGGUUCACGGUCCGACCGGCCGGUCCGGUCCGGUUCUGACAACCUUGAUCGCCACUGAACCAACUAACGAUUGAUAAGACUAAAUAUAUUUUGUUUGUUAGAAAAGAAGACAAAAGGCCAACAAGAAACUAAAAAGUAAAUAAAUAUAGAGACCAAACAUUGAAUUAUUGAUCAUGGAUAUGGAUUUUUUUUUAUACAAUGGAUAUGGAUAUUAUAAUUUACAAUUGAAUAAAAAAAAAGGACAAAAAAGGGUUUCAAACGGUUAUAUUUCAAGUAAGGGAAAAAAUAAAAUUGAAAUUUUGAAUCAAAUAGAGUAUAUAAGAGGCAACCCUUGAAGUACACUGAAUCACACCCUUCAAUUCGAGUUCAAUUCAAGCGAAGAAGAAGAAGAAGUACAGAAACAUGACGACGAAAAAGAAAUCGCGUCGCAGAACUCCAGUCCGAUCAGAACCACAAGUUGUCAUCGACGAGAGUCCGAUCAGGGUCAUCGCUUGUCUCAAGAAAAUCGACGACAUCAAGCGUUUCGAGGAAACUGACGAUUGUUUCAUACUAGGAUUUGAUCCUACCGACACCACUCCCAUCGAUGUUUCAUCUAAACCUCAAAGCAAAGACGCUGAUGAUGAUCUUUGUGUUCUUGGUGAAAAGGGCAAGGUAGCCCUCAGAGAUUAUCCUCAUUCAAGACAUUUAUGUAUCAAAUUUCCAUUUAAGACCACCGCUCGUGAAAGCUAUUGUGAUAAGUGCUACUGUUAUGUUUGUGAUUCUGCUGCACCUUGUAAGUAUUGGACCACUGGGAAUCAUUGCUCUGCUGAGAGUGCUGGUUACUGGAAGGAUCAAAGGAAAGUGAGGCGGAGAGUAUAUUAAAAUGUAAAUUUCUUUCUCAGAAAUUUGGCAUCUUUUGUGGGUUACAUAUAAUUAUUGAAUUGGCAUAUGGUACUGUGAUAGUUUCUUUUUGGAAUUAGAGGAAUGUUAGAGAUUUUGAACAUGAGCUAUUUUUACUAUUGAAUCUACCAAUGUAUAUUUCAGAGUCUUUCUGCAACUAGUUCUUUACACAACAUGCUACUUUAUUCUAUUCCAACAUGGGCACUCACUAGAAGAAGGAUGCUGAUUGUGCUGCAACUAUAAAUGUGUUGUGUUAAGUAGAAAGCAAUAAUAAGAGGGAGGUAUAAUGUAUAAUAUGAAAUGCAGAGGUUUUUGAGUGUGAGUCUAUAUUGAUGACUGUUCUUUUUGGUUUUUGGCAA